CACCCCUAAAUCAGAGAUCAAAAUCAUAACCCACCACAUAAUGAAAAUGCUCGAAAAACAGAAUCUUUAUACUUCAAUCAGGAGACGCUGAAUCGAAAUUCAAUCGGAUUCCUAUACAUAGCUCCCACCGUGGCUCCCUCCGGCCAACGACAGCUGAAUAACCUCACCCGGAGAAAAUCAGCGCCGCCGUCAUCGUCGAAGAAUUCGGGUUCGACCCGACUCAUCUACCGAGAAUCCAGUGUUUCGGAUUCGAAUUUACCGUUUUGGCAAAAGACUUGGUUUAUACUGCUAUUGCUAGUCAUGGCGCUCUGUUUUUUCACAUUUGCGAUUGUUCUGUUGCUAACCCUCGACUCCGAUGAUAAUUCGACUCCUGUUUCUGCCGCCUCUGAAGGCGUUCAGAUUACAUAUGGUUCAGUGAUUAAGAUGAUGCAUGAGAGGUCGAAGUUCCGGUUGCAUUCACAUGAUGUGCCUUAUGGCUCUGGCAGUGGGCAACAGUCUGUUACUGGUUUCCCUAAUGUUGAUGAUUCCAACAGCUACUGGAUUGUCAGGCCUACACCAGACUCAUCUGCAAAACAAGGAGACCAAAUUAAAAGUGGUACCAUCAUUAGGUUGCAGCAUAUGAGGACUAGGAAAUGGCUGCAUAGCCACUUGCAUGCAUCUCCUAUAUCUGGCAAUCUAGAGGUGAGUUGCUUUGGAGGUGAUAGUGAGUCUGAUACUGGGGAUUACUGGAGAAUUGAUAUUGAAGGAAGUGGGAAAACGUGGAGGCAAGAUCAGAGGGUAAGGCUUCAUCAUGUGGACACUGGUGGAUACCUACACAGUCAUGACAAGAAAUACUCCCGUAUAGCUGGGGGUCAGCAAGAGGUUUGUGGUGUUCGUGAAAAACGAGCUGAUAAUGUCUGGUUGGCAGCCGAGGGUGUGUAUCUGCCAGUCGCUGAAAGCAAGUGAACAUCGUGCAGUGAUCCCAGUGUUCGUGACUGAUGCACAAUGAAGAUUUUUUUCUUUUGUGAUCUUUAGUAGUGUUCUCCCAUUUCUCGACUAUGAUCGGGUAAUUAGUUGUAUCCGAGUAUUAUAUUUACAUAUACAAUGUCUGUAGGUUUAUUAAAAAAUCUGAAGUUAGUAGUCACUAUAGUACAAUGCCAUUUUGGUGAUGGAGUCCCUUCAGAAUGUAAUAUUUAGUUCCUAGUUCCUACUUACGGAUUUGUGUAUUUCAACCGUAAAAUGUCACAAGUACCCUCGCUUGUAAUAAAACCAAUAAUAAUAAAUAGCAAGGAAAAGGAAAGCUUUA